GAUGUUAUUCUGACCCUGCAAGAGAAGCUGUCUAUUAAAAGCAUUGAGCACUUCUCUCUGACGCUGGAGCACAAGAUGGAAGGAUCUGCAACAAAGCUAAUGCUUCUGCACGAGCAGGAGAUGCUAAUGCAGGUGACCCAAAGGCCGGGCUCGCAUAAGAUGAAGUGCUUUUUCCGCAUCAGUUUCCUUCCAAAAGAUCCGGUGGAUCUUCUCAGGAGAGACGCUGUUGCGUUCGAUUACCUCUACGUUCAGAGCUGUAAGGAUGUGGUGCAGGAGCGUUUCGGCUCUGAGCUCAAAUACGACACGGCGCUUCGCCUGGCUGCUCUUCAGAUGUACAUCCUGACGCUCAGCACCAAACAAACGCAGAAAGUCUCGCUGAAAUACAUCGAGUUAGUGCUCAACAUUCAUGUCUAUGCUCACAAUUAAAGGAGUAGUACAGACAACUGUUA